GCGGCGCGGGGGCGGGCGGCCGUCAGCUGACUGGCGCGGCGGCGGCUUCGCGGGGACAACCGUUGGCGGCGACGCAGGCUCCGGAGGGGAGGUCGCCGGCCUGUCGGUUCUCGGCGGGCGAGGCGCGGCCGGCGGGGCACCAUGGCGACCACCGUCAGCACGCAGCGCGGGCCGGUGUACCUCGGGGAGCUCCCGCAGGACUUCCUGCGCAUCGCGCCCACGCAGCAGCAGCAGCAGGUGCAGCUGGAUGCGCAGGCGGCCCAGCAGCUGCAGUACGGCGGGGCGUUGGGCACGGUGGACCGCCUCAACAUCACUGUGGUGCAGGCCAAGCUGGCCAAGAAUUACGGCAUGACUCGCAUGGACCCGUACUGCCGGCUGCGCCUGGGCUACGCCGUGUACGAGACGCCCACGGCCCACAACGGCGCUAAGAACCCGCGCUGGAACAAGGUCAUCCACUGCACCGUGCCGCCCGGCGUGGACUCCUUCUACCUGGAGAUCUUCGACGAGCGAGCCUUCUCCAUGGACGACCGCAUCGCCUGGACGCACAUCACGCUGUCGGAGGCGCUGCGGCAGGGCGAGGUGGAGGACAAGUGGUACUGCCUGAGCGGGCGGCAGGGCGACGACAAGGAGGGCAUGAUCAACCUGGUCAUGUCCUACUCGUCCAUGCCAGCCACCAUGAUGAUGCCGCCUCAGCCCGUGGUCCUGAUGCCCACCGUGUACCAGCAGGGCGUCGGCUACGUGCCCAUCACGGGCAUGCCCGCCGUGUGCAGCCCUGGCAUGGUGCCCGUGGCCUUGCCCCCGGCGGCUGUGAGCGCCCCGCCCCGCUGUAACGAGGAGGACCUGAGGGCCAUCCAGGACAUGUUCCCCAACAUGGACCGCGAGGUGAUCCGCUCGGUGCUGGAGGCCCAGCGUGGGAACAAGGACGCGGCUGUCAACUCGCUGCUGCAGAUGGGCGAGGAGUCCUAGGCCCCGUGCCUGCCUCGCCGCCACGCCGCCCUGGGCGCCGGCCCCCUCCCAACGAGAUCCCUGCCCCUCCUCAGUGUCCCGUCGCCAGCCCACCUGUCAGGGAUGCAGGUGGGUUUUGGGUUCCGGGCAGCUGCUCUGGACUGCCGGCGGGGGCGGCCGUGGUGGCCUCCCUCCGCACUGAGGGGUGAGCGGGCACGGGGGCCGUGUCCUGUGCACACUCCCUCCCUGGGGAUGUGCCCUCGAGUGCUCUGAGCUGCUCCCGAGUGCCCUCUGGCUUGGUCCCUGGCCGUAGUCCCGCCACUUACGGGGACAGACCCGCUACUCACUUAGGUUCGCAGUCCACUGACAGCUGCUUUGGGGUUAGAACUUGCCAACUGAAAACUCCCGUCCCUCCCUCCAUGUCUCCCUGGGCCUGGCCGCCCCCUGUGGCCAGGGCCACUGUGGCUUGGCCAGGCUCAGCCACAGUGUCCACCUGCCUGUCCAUCCCGCCAGCCCCUGUCACAGCCCCCGCGGUGGCCGGAGUGGGGCUGUUCUAGCUCAGAGGAUUCCUGGUCUCUGUCUGCUGUCCGUCAGCUCUGGGGAAUGUCAGGCCGAGGGGCAGCUUCCUGUCCUUGGUCGGCUCUCGCACCAGAACCUGAACUCGGGGCAACAAGUAAUAGACCUAGUGCUUCGCUAAUGGGAGGGAGGGUGCUGGGACUGCGGCUCCACUGACACUCAUCUCCGUGAGCACUGGGCAGGGCCGGGCCAGGAAGGGUGGAGACGGUGCCAAAGUCCCCGCAGCCCACGUGCCCACAUGCGAGCUGACCCUGGCCCGGCGCUGGCCACGGACACAGCGUGGGGACAGGGUGGGUGGCACCUAGGGAAACUGGAGGAGCUCCUCAGAAAUGGCGCCUUUAAGCCCCACCCUGCACGGGACGUGUGUGGCCAGCUGCAGUCAGCGUCCCUCCUCGGCCUCAGCCUGGCCCUGCACCUCCGCUCUUCCGACUCGGCGGCCGUCCUGGCAGCGCGGAGCUGGUGGCUGAGCCGGAGGAGGCUAUUUGGCUCCUCCCUCCGGCGUGCGGCUGCUCCUGGGAGCCUGCAGGGUGUGCACGGGCGGCCAGGGUACGGGGCUCGGACCACUUGGUUGGCGAGCGUGGCCCGUCGUCAUGCCCGUGUCACGUGCCAGCAGCCGGCUUGUGCCUCGGAAGCCGACUCUGCGAGGAGAGCGCUGGGCAGGCCUGCGGGCCCUGGGGUUUGAGUGGGGGCCUGAGCGGCUCCCACCCUCCAGGGAGGCCCCGUGUGCGGGCGCGGAGUUUUUAGGGUGACCGGCACUGGCCACAUCCCUGCUUCUAUUUCUCGUGCGCGCUGUUUGUCACCACCCAGAGCCCCGUGUCCCAGGCUGCCGUGCUGAGCAGACGCCGCCACAGCCGCCUGGCCUGUGCCGCCGGCGCCCACAGGGCAGGUGGCAUGCGGGGGCCGGGCCAGGCGCCUGCAGAUGCUUUCUCUGGCCUCAGCCGGCAGGGGGGGGGGGGGGGGCCGAGGCUGGGCCGCCGAGUCUCCUGAAGGCCCUUCACCACCCCUCGCCCGCCUGCCUGCCAGUGUGGGUGCAAGUGCGUCUUGGAGCCUGUGCUUCUGUCAUUCUCCUGGGUCCAGUGUCCAGAUUUUCUUUGAUUGUAAAGUAUAUUUUUACUUUUCAGCCUUCUAAUUUAAUAAAUGAUCUAUAUGAAGAUAGAGAAUUAAAGUCCUUCAGGGAAGUUUA